GGCUUCCAUCGGUUUACCGACGCCCAUCGGCGUAAAAACGACGAGCUCUGGAUCGAUCGGUGCCUUCCUCCGCCUCUUCGUUGCCGGCGGUCGACGGAUCCGACGAAGAAAGGCGGCGCACCGGUAGCGGUAGGCACGCAGACUGGCGUGCCGUGAGCCCGUGAUCAUGCAGCCACCGCUCGAGCUCUCGCCGCCGGCACCCGCCCUCCCUCUCCCGUGACCUCUCCCUCCCUCUCUUUUUCCAUUCUCUUCCUAGUGCAAAUUUGUUGGGUGGAUUAGAUCCAAACUAGAAUCAGCCAAGAACACAUCUCUACGGCAGCUAUUGGUCAGUAGCCGUCGUGCAUCUUGGUAAUUUUGCCAGUUUCCUUGUCGCGGCCACGAAUGAAUGAUGCUCCCCUGCCUAGAUGCACGCCCGCUCCUGAUUGCGUAAGAGAAGUGGUUGUCGCAGAGUGGUCAUCUAAGAAAAUAUGCCACUGCUUGGUCUCUACCUCAGCCUCAUCUGAACACCGUGUUUGGGCAGACCUACCGGACAACCUGCUUCACCUAAUCAUUGCUCUCUUAAGCUCAUUCCAUGACCUCCUUGCUUUUACUGGCACCUGUCACUCUUGGCGUGCUGCGGUCUUUUCCUUCCCAUCAUCCAUAUACGCCUUUGUCUUCCCACCUCUCCAUCUCAAAGCAGGUUUGCGUAGGGCUAAUUGGCAUUGCAACACAAGUUACAAUCUCUUAUCGAACUACAAAUGGCAUCUUUGUGAUCUUGUGAGGACAAACUUAUCUCUUCGCCGCUCAGCACCCCGUAAUACUCCAAAUUACAUGCGCUAUUUGGGCUGCUCAUAUGGGCAUCUUAUCUUCUCCUGUGUGGAGCACCUUCUCCUUGUCGAUGUUUACACAGGUACUAAGGUGAAGCCACCCAAACUCCACACAAACAGUGAUUGUGUGAUCGAUAGUGCCAUUCUUAUGGCUCCACUCAGUUCAUCCAACUCGUGUCUCCUCCUUUUCUCGAAUUUAUUCAUCUUCCAGUGGCAGGUUGUAACAAAUUCCUGGACAGAGUACCCUCUUGUUUCUGAACACUUUCUUAUUCAGAUUGUUUUGUUCAAAGGUCAGAUGUUUGCCAUAGACUUUCCCCAGACGCUGAAAACCAUAUCCUUGGCACCUCAGCCCAACGUGCAGGAAGUCGAUGUUGUGUGGGGAGAGGACAUUGUUGUUGGCUUGAAUUAUGAUCCAUGGUUGGUGGUCAGUGGUGACAUGCUUCUCAUGGUUGAUCUUGUUGGUGACUUGAUAAGCAAUGGCACCUUUCAGGUCUCCCGCUUUGAUUCUUCAGCCGAACCAGCUAAGUGGACAAAGAUGGAGAAGUUGGAAAACUGGGCUCUCUUUAUCAGCCUUGAUAGGAGGAACCCUACAUUUUCUUGCAUGAACCCUGAAAGAUGGGGCGGAAAGAGUAACUGCAUUUAUGUUCCGAGUGCGUCCAAAGACUCUGACGAACCUUGGAUUGCUGUAGAGCUUGGCCAGGCAGUUUACAGUAUAACUCGCUCGGAUUAAUACAUUCUAGAAGGCAAAAGCAAUCAGCUUGAGAGCCUCUGGGUGCUCCCCAGUUUGGUCUAUGGUGUUGGCCAGUGAACGAUCAUGUUUGGUUGUCGCGUGUUUUUUACUCUUAGUGAGCCUCUGCAUCAGUUAACGACAGUGGCAAGCGUUAAGCAGUUACAGAGGAAGAACCGGGAAGGAACUGAAGUGUCUAAUUUGUACAAACAUUUGCACUCUGAAAUGCUGAAAGUACCUACUGGACAUGUAUGUUUCCGAAAAUGUCAAUUUAUGUUGAAUUUUAUUA